UAGCGCGCAUUCCGGCCCAACAUCAACGCGAAUCCCAAAUUUACGCCCUGUAGAAGCCAUCAUUACUGAGCGAGGAGGCCAGAGAGGGCGAAAUAAGCUUCGAAAGCCGCGCGAGCGUUCCGUUCCGCGUUCCCCGUGCAACAAAAGCGCAUCGAACGCGCAUCGAGGGGGAGCAGUGGUGGCUGCUUUGUUUUUCGCGGAAAAUCCUAAAAUGCGCGGCGCUGCCCUUGAUUCUCGCUGAAUCCGCAAGCCGAGCCGAGAGCGUCGUCGAGAACCACACCUAAAUUGGCCUUUAGGAAUUCUCUAUAUGGAUCCGUCGGUGAAAGCCCCCUUGGACCACUAUCAAAAGUCUUUUCAAGGUGUGUAGGCAUAAAGGCGCAAUGGACUUCACAAUGAACAUGAUGGAUAAUGGUCGGGCCAUCCCUACGUCUCAGGCCGCUGCCGUGGCUGCCAUGGGUGGUCAGGUCGCUUACCAGGCGCACGCCGUGAGUGUGACCCCCACGGUCAGCCAGCAAACGCAGCCACAGCCACAGCCGCAACAGCCACCCCCGCCAGCACCGGCACAGCGAGGCAGCCUGCACGAGAGUGACGGUGGGGCGGGACUGGGGGGGGAGGGCAAGGUCCAGGAGUUGACCAAGGACGACUCUCAGGGGGCCUUCACCCCCCCACCCCGGGUCUCUUCCGUCACGUCACACGAAAGUCGUGUUGAGAAGGGUACCGACACCAAUGACUUUGAACCACUGAUCAAGGUUGAGAUUAGAGGGGGGAUUCCGGGGCUCAAUAUUGGCGGCGAGAAGGACAAAAAUAACAUUGUCCAGUUACACUUCAACAGUGUCAACGAGGUGUUGCAUUACUUUUCGCAGCGGUCAGUGCCACAGCACAUUGAUGCCUUCAAUCUUCUCACCAACCCAGACCUGGUGCGCAAUAUCAACCCCGACCUGGUGCGCAACCACUUCCUGUACGUGCCCAACCCUCAGGAGGGGGUGCGGGUGGCCUCCAACGGUUACAGCUCAGGCGGCUCCAACUCGGCCCAGACCCCUCCAGCCCAGGGGGGGCCUGCUACCUCGCCUGUGGUCGUCAAGCAAGGCUCCAGCAGCAGUGGGGGCUACAGCAAGCAGGGGGACCGACGGCGGGAGUCUGGCCAGUCGAGCUCCAGCACCCUCGCGCCUGGCUCCCUCAUACCCCGACCAGGAGUAGACCAGUCAGGAGCAUCUUUUGUUUGCUGGAUCUGUGGCUUGGACCUGCAGAAAUCUCUGCAGUUUGAGGAACACAUGGUGGAUCAACAUAGUGUGGAUAAGCCCUACCGGUGCGAUGACUGCGGAGUCACUUUCAAGCGCAAGGCGCACUUGGACAGGCACCGGCGGAUCCACUUGCCCACACGACCCUACCAGUGUACAGUGUGUGGCAAGGGCUUCACGCGAAAUGAGCACGUGCGCCGCCACUCCUUCACCCACUCAGGAGAGAAGCCCUACCACUGCCCCACCUGCAACAAGACCUUCUCACGGCGGGAGCACCUCACCAAGCACCUGCUGAGUCACACCAAGCCUCCAGGGCCUCACAGUCCUCCUCCAGGCGGUCAUCCUCACACCCCAGGUGAGUAUGAGUACAUGUGCUCCUCACCUGCGGAAUCACCCAACCCCCCCCAGCCACAGCUGACGGCGACGACAGUCUCAGCCAUCACAUCCCUGGGAGGGGCAGCACAGAUCCCGUCCAGCCUCCUGCAUGCGGCUGUGCCCCAGCUCCUGCCGCCCUCCUCGGCCCACAGUUCCAAGCACCAGCAGCCCCACCAUCGCCUGGCUGCCCACCAUAGUCAAGGUUUGGCCACAACGCUACUGCUGCAAACCACGGACCAGAAUGGGCGGCUGGUAACCAUCAACCAAGGGAGCAGUGGAGCCGUGCCCACCUCUGUGGUGACCACCUCGUCCAGCAGCCACCAUGGACCCAGCAGCAGUGGCCACCAGGGCAGUAGUGGUGGCAGUGGCUCAUCACGUGGCCACAACCACAAUGGGGAGCCGGUGCCACGCCCCUACCAGUGUGGUGUGUGUGGCAAGGCUUUCAUCCGCAAUGAGCACCUGCGGCGCCAUGUACUGACCCACUCGGGUGAGAAGCCACAUGCCUGCACCACUUGUGGCAAGGCCUUCUCACGCAGGGAGCAUCUCACCAAGCACAUGCGCUCACACAUAAAGCCCUCAGCCAGUGGUUCAACCCAGUCCAGCUCACAGGCCAGCCACGGUUCCAUCCAAGUGGGCGUUUCAGGAAGUGCAGCAACACCCCAGGCUACCCUCACCGUGGCGCAGUCGGCGGCCGUCUCCCUCCCUACUGCAAGUGUUGUGGCCUCCAGUGCAGCCCACCAGCAACCCCCGCCAGGUGUAGCUCACACGGUGGCUGCCUCGCAUGGCACACCUGUAGCCCACGCUGCACACCUCCCCCCCGGCACACACUACCUGCCCAUGUUUGGCCUCCUGGCAGAAGUCGUGUGAGGGCCUUAGUGUGGCUAAAUGACAAACGGUAACCCUCCACAGCUCUUGGUCCUGUUAGUCUUUUUUUUUUUUUUUUUUUUUUUUUUUUUUCCACAAUUUGUGUUCCAUCAUUGUCAAACUUAAUUUUUUUGUUUCUAUUUUGUUAAGCCUUUGAUAACGUCAGCAGCGCUUGGGCGCAGGGAAAGGAGAGCGUGGCUUGCCCAGCCUACCCCUAGCACCAGUGAGGCCGUGCACGAGUCUCCUCAGGGACUCCCGAGAUGCCAGUGCAAAUGCCACAGAAAGGCCAAGCGUUGAAAGGGGCAGCGCAUGCUGACUGAUGCAAUGGCCAUAGAGAGAGAAAGAGAGAGAGAGAGAGAGAGAGAGAAAGAAAAUGUUGUGCCAUGAUCUCCUCCUUUGUAGCUGUGACUGACCACUCGCCAGAGAGAGAGUCCUCUGUUUCUCAUGUCGUCUGUCACCCAAACAAGCCUCAAUAUUUAAAACCUAUCAGAAAUAGAUACAUGUUCAGCCCUUCCCUCACUCCCUCCCGUAAUCCCCGUCAGACUCCCAAGACCAUGCUCUCCCCUCCUCCCCCUCCCAACCACUUCUUACCCCCAUCCUUGUCUCAGCCCCAAUCACAUUCCAGUUCCCUUACAGUCAUCUUUUUGGCCACUUAUUCACAUAAAAAGGGAGGAGAGGCAUUGUUAUUUUUAUUUUUAUUUUUUUCUCCCCCCCCCCCCCCCCCCACCUUUUCCCAGUGUAGCACUACAAAAUGAUGAACAAGCCAUCACCCGUGUCAGAAAUCUUGUAAAUUUUUAUAUCAACCAGUUUUAUGCAGUCCUGUGUACUUAGAGUAUUUGUACAAUGAUUGAGAUAGAUAUUUUCCUGACUGUUUCAAAAAAAGAAAAAAGGUAAAAAAAAAAAUAAUAAUAAUAAUGAAUAAAAUGUCAUCUGAUGCACCCUGCCAAAGUUGAGAGAGUUUUUUUUAUUAUUGAUAAUUUUUUUGGCAAAAAUGUAGAUAAGCAAUACAGAUAUAAGAUGUUAUAUAAAAAAAAAAAAAAAUUAUAAUAAUACAGGAGAAAAGAAAUUAUUCGUAAACCUGUCAAGGCAGCUCACACCUUGGGCCCCCCCCCACAGAAUAGGCACCAAUUUAUCAGUCAUGUUAUUGUCAUAAUAUUGCUGUCAUUGUUAAUUUUAUAUUCUUUACUUGGUUUGUUAUAUUGUUCUGUGUGUCUGCUUGAGGGCCCUGUAUAGUCUGUUUUUUUUUCUCUCUCACAUGGGACUCCCUCCCAAUAUUUUGAAGGAAAUCAAUUUUGUCUGUGUGCAUAGACCAUGUUGAUGUAUUGUAGUGUAACUUGUAAAGAAGUACCUUUUAAUUGUAAAAGUGAUAUUGCCCUGUAAUUAUUUUUAGGAGCGUUCUUCAUAUGCUUAUUGUAGGUGUCUCGAAGGUAGUGUUUUAUACUAGGUAAGAUUGUGUCUCUUGUGUUCCUUUUACAUUUAUUUAAUUCAGUUUUAUUAUUGUAUUAAUUUUUUCUUUAAAUUUUUGUUGAUACACAAGGCAGGUAUAUAAGAGAUUGUCCAAAGUUAUCAGUCGUAGCCUUACAGUAGUCCGACCUGCAUCAGUUUCAUGAUGUAGAUUUGGCUGUUAAUUUUUUCUUUUUCUUUUUCUUUUCUUUUGUUAUGAAUGCAUUUUCAUAGAAUUAAGACAAUGGCAGAUGAAAGUCCUGAUCUUUGAAACAUUUGUAAACUGUCUUUUAUCGAAAGGUGCUCAAAUAGAGAUGAUGAUAACUUUGGAUCUGCUUUUAAUCUGCAUUUUUUAUUAUUAUUUUUAUUUGUUUAUUUUUUUUCUUCUGAGAAAUGAGAUCUGAUUUUUUGUUUUCUAUUCUGGUUAUUAUUGAUUAUUAUUUGACAUUGUUCUUGAAAGGUCAUGAGAGAGAUGUGACAAUGCUUCAUUCUCUUUUAUUAUUACUAUUAUUAUCAUUAUUAUUAUUAUUAUCGUUGUUCAGACCUAAAUGGAUUGAGAGUCAUCGCGUUCUUCUCAAAGUCAGAUAAUAUUUUUGUAUUAUGGAGUGAUUUUUAAGUCAUGCAUAAAUAUUAGGAAUAUUAUAACCCCCUCCCCCCUUUUUUUUUUCUUUUUCUUUUUCUUCCUUUUUUUUAUUUUUUUUUUUUUCAGUCCAAUCCAAGUAAAGAUUUCUUUGUUGGGAAGCAUACUCAUGGCUAUGCUUUUGUAUAUUGGGAUAUGGCAUUGUGGUUGGCAAUGUAUCUAGUGGACAUGUGACUGCAAGCAACUACAAUGUGAAAUCCUUGGAGAACUGUAGUAAACUACUAAUACAUGAUGUGUUUUAUCACAUUGCCUGUGGAUGGGAUGAUCAUAUUCAAAAAGACAAGAUGUGUGAAUAUAUGUGUGUGUGUGUGUG